UACGAGCCCAGCGGACAGAGAUCAGGAUGUUUGGAGGCGUGUCUGGGCGGAUCCAGAAGGACCGGCAGAGGGCUGGAGGUCUGGGUUCAUUCCAGCAGGCUGUCCGCUACCUGAACCAGGAUUUCCAGGUCCUACAGGAGGACUGUUUGCAGAAUGGAUGUCUGUUCCAGGACCCAAUGUUCCCCGCAGAACCGGCUGCACUGGGCUUCAAGGAACUUGGACCCUUCACCGCCAAGACCAGAGGGGUGGAGUGGAAGAGACCAACGGAACUGACAGAAGACCCUCAGUUCAUCGUGGGCGGAGCCACCAGGACAGACAUCUGUCAGGGAGUUCUGGGAGACUGCUGGCUGCUCGCUGCUAUCGGCUCUCUGACUCUGAACGAGCGGCUGCUGCAUCGUGUCGUUCCUCACGGUCAGAGCUUCAACCACCAAUACGCUGGCAUCUUCCACUUCCAGUUCUGGCAGUUCGGGGAGUGGGUGGACGUGGUGAUCGACGACCGUCUGCCCGUCAAAGACGGAGAGCUGAUGUUCGUCCACUCAGCUGAAGGCAGCGAGUUCUGGAGCGCUCUGCUGGAGAAGGCCUACGCCAAGCUGAAUGGGUCGUACGAGGCGUUGUCUGGCGGCAGCACCACCGAGGGGUUCGAGGACUUCACGGGCGGCGUGGCGGAGAUGUACGAGCUGAAGAAGGCGCCCAGAGAUCUUCAUCGUAUCAUCACUAAAGCUCUGGACAGAGGCUCGCUGCUGGGCUGCUCCAUUGACAUCACCAGCGCCUUCGACAUGGAGGCGGUGACCUUCAAGAAGCUGGUUAAAGGCCACGCCUACUCCGUGACGGCGCUCAGACAGGUGGAGUACCGCGGCCGACAGGAGCGUCUGAUCCGGAUCAGGAACCCCUGGGGUCAGGUGGAGUGGACCGGGGCCUGGAGCGACAGCUCCUCAGAGUGGAACUCCAUCGACUCUGCAGAGAAAGACGAGCUGCUCUGUAAGAUGGAGGACGGAGAGUUCUGGAUGUCGUUCCAGGACUUCCUGCGUCAGUUCUCCAGACUGGAGAUCUGUAAUCUGACCCCGGACGCUCUGAGUCAGGACUCCAGCAGCUUCUGGACCACGGUGACAUUUGAAGGCGGGUGGAGGAGGGGCAGCACGGCGGGGGGCUGCAGGAACCACCCCAACACGUUCUGGAUCAACCCUCAGUAUAAGAUCUCUCUGCUGGAGGAGGACGACGACCCCGAGGACGACGAGGCCGCCUGCAGCUUCCUGGUGGCUCUGAUGCAGAAAGACCGCCGCCGCUACCGCCGCCAUGGACAGGACAUGCACACCAUCGGCUUCGCCAUCUAUGAGAUUCCUGAGGAGUACCGAGGCUGUCCCAGUGUCCACAUGAAGAAGGAUUUCUUCCUGCGUCACUCCUCCUGCGCUCGCUCCGAGACCUUCAUCAACCUGCGAGAGGUGAGCGCUAGGCUCCGCCUCCCGCCAGGCGAGUACCUGGUCGUCCCGUCGACCUUUGAGCCCUCGAAGGAGGCCGACUUCGUCCUGAGGGUGUUCACCGAGAAACAGUCAGAGACCGAGGAGAUGGACGAUGACGUGGAGGUGAACUUUGGAGAAGAGGAGGAAAUCUCAGAGAGCGACAUCGAUGAUUCCUUCAGGUCCAUGUUUGCUCAGCUGUCUGGAGAUGACAUGGAGGUCUCAGUGCGAGAGCUCAGGACCAUCCUGAACCGGGUCGUGUCCAAACACAGAGACCUGCAGACUGACGGGUUCAGUAUGGAGUCCUGCAGAGCCAUGGUCGGCCUCAUGGAUAAAGACGGCAGUGCUCGGCUCGGUCUGCUGGAAUUUCAGAUUCUCUGGAACAAAAUCAGGAAGUGGCUGGGGAUCUUCAGGGAGUUUGAUCUGGAUAAGUCCGGGUGUAUGAGCUCCUAUGAGAUGCGUCUAGCUCUGGAAAAUGGCGGCUUCAAACUCAACAACAAGCUGUACCAGAUGCUGGUCGCUAGAUACGCCGACAAUGAGAUCAUUGACUUCGACAACUUCACCUGCUGCCUGGUCAAACUGGAGGCCAUGUUCAAGGCGUUCCAGGAGCUGGACAGAGACGGGACAGGAACCGUGGAGAUGAACAUCACUGAGUGGCUCUACAUGACCAUGUGUGGAUGAAGAACUUCCUGCUGCUGAACUUCAAGUGCCUCCAACAGGAAGAUCAACACAACAGCUGAUUACCAACCUGAGCAUGAACACACCACUGCAGCUCCACCACACUGCAGUUCUACAGUACUACCAUAGUACUGCAGUACUACUACAGUACUGUAGUACAGCAGUGCUGUGCUGCUCUGUGCUCAACAACAUCACAGUCUUCCAGUCAGUUGCUGGUUGUUGAGGAUCACUGCUGCUGAGCACAAACACAUGACAUAAAGAUGAUCAAAAUAAUCUGAGUGAAGUCAUCAUAAAUUUUUUGAAUUAGAGUUUUGCCUAAUCUAAAGUAAUCUAGAAUCUGGUCAGUUCAUGUUUUUACAAGUAAAGCUUAAUUAAUUAAUUAACUUCCUGUCUCCUGCUGCCACAGGCCUGUUGGUUCCUGUGUUCUGUUGGUUCUCGUGUUUCCUGUUGGUUCCUGUGUUCUGUUGGUUCCUGUGUUCUG